CACAUUUAUCGAGGAAGGCUUAUAGGCUAUAUAACAUCACGCUAGGACCAAGAGGAGUGGAAUAUCAAUGAUUAAUGUUGCAAAAAACGGGAAAAUAUUAUUCCUUUUCAGAGCUUCGAUUGUAUGCGCAAUGCGAUGGCAUGCCAGCGUUAAAGAUAAAUGUACACUUCGGAGGCGGUGCUGAGCUUCUUUUCGAUAAGAUAAAGAAGCGUGAAGUAGAACUGCCUGCCGUGGACAAAUAUUUACCCGAAUGUGAGAAGAAGGGUUGGACUAUAAGGGAACUUCUUGUGUGGAUCAAAGAAAAUUUAUUGCGAGAGAGACCGGAGUUGUUUUUACAGGGGGAGUCAGUUCGUCCUGGUAUACUGGUGCUGAUCAACGACACAGAUUGGGAGCUUUAUGGAGAGCUGGACUACGAGUUGCAGCCGUCAGACACCAUCACGUUCAUAUCCACUUUACAUGGCGGAUGAAUGAAGUUUGAUUACAGUUUUAUUGCCGCCGAUGUAUACCGCACUCUUAGUAAAAUAAUGACGCAUUCCAAAAUUGCCAAUUUGUGGGAAUCGUCAAACAACCAAUAUCUGUUUGCGACUUUUUAGUAUUAUCCCUUUUUUUCAUGCUGUGUUUCAUUUCUUACCUAUCUUUAAUAAGCUCAAUUUUAUAGCAACUUCAAAAAAAGGUAGCAAACAGAAAUUAGUUUUCCGACGACUGCCACAAAUUAACG